AUGGAAGGUGAGAGUGUUUUUUCAUCAAUUGCUCCACCAGUUUUUGAUGGAGAAAACUAUCAGGUUUGGGCUGUCAGGAUGGAAGCCUACAUGGAUGCAUGUGGUCUCUGGGAAGCAGUAGAGGAGGAUUAUGAAGUUUUUCCUUUACCAUGCAAUCCUACAAUGACUCAGAUCAAAACUCACAAAGAGAAGAAGACCAGGAAGUCAAAGGCGAAGGCGUGUCUCUAUGCUGCAUUAUCUCCUACUAUUUUUUCCAGAAUCAUGACUCUUAAUUCGGCCAAGGCAAUCUGGGACUUUCUGGAAAAAGAAUAUUAUGGAGAUGAAAGAAUUCGAGGCAUGAAGGUUUUAAACCUGGAGUACUCGGAUAGGCUUAUCAAUCUGGAAAAUAAGGUAAAGUUACUUGGCACCGAACUUUCUGACAAAAGAAUUGGGCAGAAAAUUCUUGUUACUUUACCUGAGAAGUUUAGAGCAACAAUUGCUUCGCUGGAAAAUACAAAAGAUCUGUCAAACAUUAGUUUGGCGGAACUUUUAAACUCUUUGCAAGCACAGGAACAAAGAAGGUUGAUGAGGAACGAGGGAGAUGUUGAAGGAGCUUUGCAAGCAAGGCAACUAUUCAACCCUUGCAGCAAAGGCAAGAAGCAGAAGGGCAAGAAGAGCUAUUCUACAUCAACAGAAGUUGUUGCAACUGAUAAUAGCAACAACAACAAAGGUGGAAAAUAUCCACCUUGCCAGCAUUGCAGGAAGAGAAACCAUCCACACUUCAAAUGUUGGAGAAAACCUGAUAUGAGAUGCAGAAAGUGUCAUAAACUUGGGCAUGCUGAGAUUAUUUGCAAAGAGAAAGGACCACAACAAUCAAAUGAAGCACAAAUUGCAGAACAACAAGAAGAAGAGUGUUAG